AUGAGCCCAGCAAAUCUCCAUGAUCACAAAGCAAAGACCAAGGAUAUGUACCCACCACCACCCUUGAAAGUCAGCAAGGACUCUCACAUUAUCAAAAAAUCAUUUCCAUCACCGCCGUCGUCAUCUUCAUCCUCCGCGUCUUCGCUAGCUGUUACAGGUCCCAUCAAGCCCCAUCCGGUGAUCAUCUACACCCACUCGCCCAAAAUCAUCCACACAAACCCUAAGGAUUUCAUGGCAUUGGUGCAAAAACUAACGGGCUUAUCGCAGUCCGAGGAUGACCCGUCGGCACCUCAAGUAAGGAAAGAAAAUGGUUAUAGGGUGGUGGCGAAGGAGGAAAACAAGAAGGUGAAGAUUAACGAUGAUAAUGAAUCGUCUUCAGCUAUUACUGAUCAUGAGAAUUAUGGGAGCAUUGGUGAUCGUGGACAAUGUUUUAUGCCUCGCCAUCCUAAUUACAUGACUAAUAUUCCAAUCUUUACACCUAAUUUAGCUGAGUUUCUAUGCGCAAACCAGCCAUGCUAUAAUAACUAUACUACGGAUCCUUUAUUUCUUUCCUUCUCCAAAUAUGAUCUCAGCAACUUCUGCCUUGGAGGUGAAAACUAA